AUGCGGAAGUACCGGUUAGUGGCCAAGAAGGGCGAGGGCACCUUCUCCGAGGUGCUCAAGGCGCAGAAUGUCAAGGACAGCAAGUUCCACGCCAUCAAGUGCAUGAAGAACCACUUCGAGAGCAUCGACCAGGUGAACAAUCUGCGCGAGAUCCAGGCCCUGCGAAGACUGUCGCCGCACCAGCACAUUGUCAAGCUGGAGGAGGUGCUGUACGACCAGCCAUCCGGUCGACUGGCGCUUGUGUUCGAGCUGAUGGACGCCAACCUGUAUGAAAUGAUUCGCGGUCGGCGCCACUACCUCAAGCCCGACCUCGUGCAGUCGCUCAUGUACCAGCUCGUCAAGUCGCUGGACCACAUGCACAACAAGGGCAUCUUCCAUCGCGACAUCAAACCGGAGAACAUUCUGGUGGAGGACAAUAGCAAACUCAAGCUGGCAGAUUUCGGCUCCUGUCGAGGUAUUUAUUCCAAGCAGCCGUACACUGAGUACAUUUCCACGAGAUGGUAUCGCGCACCCGAGUGUUUACUCACAGAUGGCUACUACGGACCUGAAAUGGAUAUGUGGGGCGUCGGCUGUGUAUUCUUCGAGAUCACAUCGCUUUACCCGCUCUUCCCAGGAUCAAACGAGCUUGACCAGAUCCACCGCAUACACAAAAUCCUAGGCACGCCGCCGCCGGAAGUACUAGAGAUUUUUAAGCGCAAGGGAGCUGCCCACAUCGAUUUCAAUUUCCCCAAGGAGGACGGUACCAGCAUUGCCAAGCUAAUUCCCCACGCAUCGCCCGCUGCAAUCGAUCUUAUGCACAAAAUGCUGGCGUACGAACCAAGCAAGCGAAUGAACGCGCGCGAGGCAUUAAGACAUGAAUACUUUCGCGAAAUCCGUGAGCUAGAGGAAGCAACGUUACGAGCUCAGCAGCAGCAGCAACAACAGCAUGUACUUCAGCCUCAACAGCAGCCGUCAAUAGGAUUACCUAUGACUUACAAGCAGCGGAAGGGCAACGACAGCGACGACAAAGUUCCGCUACCUUCAAUCCAGAAUGGAUCUCAUGGUAUGCAGGCUUCUAGCGACACGAAGGACUACAGCGCCUAUGAUGCGAGCGAGGACGAGUUGCCGCCUAUCAACAACGCAGCGGGCGGGCGAGGCUUGGGAAGCAUAACAAAGAGCAAGGCGAACAAGUAUUCUUAUGGAAGCAAGAAUGGCAACAAUAACAAGGCUAGUGAGGGGAGCCAAGGCGGGGGAUCGCUGUACUCGGGGACUUCAUCAAAGCCAUCUAAAAGCGUACUCUCGACCGGAGCCAGCACAAAUCGGUCAUCAUAUCAAGACGCCAAGAGCCGAAAGAUCGUGGCCAACGUGACGCUGAAGAAAGGUAUACCGUCUGCGCGAACUAAGAAGAUCGUGGGCAGCUCCGCGGCGUACGCAGACGUCUCAGGUAGGGGCUAA